GUCAUUACUAGCUGUAUAAAUAUAAACUGUUUUAUUUUGUAUAAAAUUGAUGUCUAGUUAUUAACUAUUCUGAAUCACAACUUAGGCUAAGAGAAGUGCGUAUAAGUAUCGAUUUAGUGUGAACUAUACUAUCCAUAAACAAAAGGUUUUUGUGAAAAAAGUUUAAGUAGAAUUCAUAUAGUGUAGGUGCGCAAUUUUUAAUUUUACUUGGACGUAAAUUUCAUUGUGUAAAUAGUCUAUUAAGUGUUAUGCAAAUGUUUUGCAAAGAGGAAGAAUUGGGUAUGACCCCUACUUCAUUUUCUAUGUCUUCAAUACUUACAGAAAAAGAAAAUAUGAAUGCAAAAGACAUUGAUGGAGUUGCGCAUCAAAACGAGGAAAAAGAAAGACGCAUAGACGAUGACUUGCCAAAGAAAGAAGAGCUAUCGAGCGAAGGAAAACAUGUGCACGUCAGUUUGGAUGACUCUGAGCUGUGGAAAAAAUUUAAGACUUUAACAAACGAAAUGAUAGUUACAAAAAAUGGAAGGCGAAUGUUUCCUGUAUUAAAACUAAAUAUUCGGGGAUUAGAGUCACAUGCUAUGUAUUCUAUCUUACUGGAUUUUGUAGCUGUUGAAGAUCACAGGUGGAAAUACGUAAAUGGAGAAUGGGUAGCUGGUGGAAAACCAGAACCAGCUACCACUAGCUCGGUUUAUAUACACCCAGAUUCACCAAAUUUUGGUACACAUUGGAUGAAAAGCCCGAUAUCAUUCACUAAAGUAAAGCUUACAAAUAAAAUGAACGGUGAAGGCCAGGUCAUGUUAAACUCUCUACAUAAAUAUCAACCACGUGUGCACAUUAUACGAGUUGGAGCACCUGAAGGAGAACGUACAAUAAGCACUCACACAUUUCCCGAGACGCAAUUUAUUGCUGUUACAGCCUAUCAAAAUGAAGAGAUUACUGGACUAAAAAUCAAGUACAACCCGUUUGCAAAGGCGUUUUUAGAUGCAAAAGAAAGAUCUGAUCACAAAGAUAUUUUAUGCGAAAGAGAUGCCUUAAAUCAAAUUGCAUCGAAUUACGGUUAUUACCCUUCUAUGAUGUCGCCGCUUUCAAGAGCAAUAAAUUGCGACAAUUUACGUAGUCACCGCUCGUCACCGUAUCCAUCACCGUAUCACCGAACCGACAUACUCGGAGCAUGCACAAACUAUUAUCGUGAAUCGAGUCCACCAUAUAUGAAUAUGCAAAACAAUACGUGGCCUCUUCAUCACUUAAACUAUGCUGUUCCCAUGACAACGUCGUCUAUGAAACACGAUGAACUAAUUCAACAAAACUCUAUUAUAAGCAAUUAUUCACAAAAUUCCCUCGGACAAUAUCCAACAAUAAAUAAGCCUUCAAUCGUCGACCCCAACAUGAACCCUUGGAGUCACUCUCUAGUUUAUCCCUCCAAUAUAUAAAUAUUUUAAAUAUUUUAGAUUAUAUAUUUAUUGAUUAUAUUUUGCUUUGAAAAGCAAAAUACUUCUUCUAUUUAUCGUCUUGCGAUAGUCAUUUCAUUUGGCGUCAACUAUGUCAAACUAUUUUGCCAAUUUUAUAUGAAGAGUAAACAUAAUAAAAGGUGUCUUUUGAUAGGCAACACCUGUUUUAUUAUUUUUUGCAAUUAAAGUUACUCUCUGGUAUUUAUUUUAUUUCUAUCCUAUAUUUAUUUAAUUUUUGUUUAAUAUAUACAUAUAUAAAUAUAUAUUUUUAAUUAAAAAAAGUUUUCCUACUUUUUUGUAGCUCUUUCUUUAAUCAAUUAAAGUUCUUUAAAUUUAUUAAAAAGGAACAUUGUUUACAAGAGAACUUUUAGACUGCGAACUUUGGGUUUUUAUGAUUUGCACAAGUUCAUUUAUUUUUUGUUCGCGCAUAUAGAUAGUAUAAUAUAUAUGAAGCUAAGUUAUUUAUUAUUUUUUAUAUAAAAAAAAUUUGUAAAGAACACUGUAUUUUAAAACACGUCGAGUAUUUUUAUAAAACCAUUGUACAUUUGAUUUGUCAUGAUAAAACCUUUAAAAA